CGCGCGCGGCUCCGCCCCUUCCUUUUCCAGAGCAGAGAGCCGAGCACGAUGGGCCACCAGCAGCUGUACUGGAGUCACCCGAGGAAGUUCGGCCAGGGAUCCCGCUCCUGCCGAGUGUGUUCCAACCGACAUGGACUGAUCCGCAAAUAUGGACUGAACAUGUGCCGCCAGUGCUUUAGGCAGUAUGCAAAGGACAUUGGCUUUGUCAAGCUGGACUAAAUGGAAACUUGUUUGGAUAUUUGGACAAGAUCUUUGGCCAGAAAUACUUCAGCUGAGAUGUCCAUUUUGUACCCUAAGACUUUGAAGAACAUUCACAUGUGAAUUAUACUGGUUUACAUCUUGCAGUUGGUACUCCAAAACUUUGAACAACACAUGUGAAUAAAAUUAGUUUAUACCUUACAAUA